UACCUUAGGUUCACCGGGUUUAGAAUUUAAAGGAAUAGAGCUUUGUUUAUGUUUUGCGUUUAUUUUCUAAGGAUGUCGCUCGAGCAAAACUCUGAAAGCCCUCGGGAAAAUGACUUUAAGAAAGAGAAUACACAUAUGUACGUGACAAUCACUGUGUCUACAACAUAUUAUAUGCAGCCACAGGACGCCUACCCAGGGGGGGCUUUUCCGAAAAUUAACCCCUGCGUGUGCAGAACGAAUGCCUACCAGUAUACAGCUUUUGCAUAUGAACAAAAAUGUACAGUUUUGAACGACUUGUGUGCAUGUGGCAGAUGGGGAAGGGCAGAAAAUGAAGUGUGAUUUGGAGGUGUAACCUGUGGAGACAUUUAAUUCGAACGCAUGGGAGCCGUUGAGUUCCGAGCCAUCAAGGUAGAUUUUUUAGAUAUAUCUUUAUUUUGUUAUUUGUUGGCUUGCCUAUUUGCGUGGCCUGCAAUAGAGUGUUUACAGCUUGGGUCUGUACAGCUGCUAGUGUCGUGGAUUUCCAUGAGCCAGAACCCCACUAUUGAGGAAUCCUCCUCCAGCCACACUGAAAUCCACGCUCCACAUCUUGAAGCUCUCCAGCCCAUUAUUUUAUUUACUAAAUGCCCAUAUCCCUCCGCAGGGUCAGAGAGUAUUUUGAAGAAAUUAUCAAAUGGGUUUCCUAGUGGUAUUUUAAUAUCUGAUUUUUCUCGAUUUCGCCAUCUAUCUUUCCGACUGACAAAACGUCCUUGCUUGACGAAGAGAGUGGAUUCAGGAGACGCUUCUGCGCCGUAGUUCGAGUAGAGGUAGAUGGGUCUAAUUUUCUGAGAAGCCUACACUGGGUGUGCUUCGGUGCCACUUAUCAUUAGAUAUGGCCACCGUUACAGAGUAUGCUGAAACGUCGCCCUCAACUUGAUUUUUUAUGAUUGUAGCAAAGUAAUUUUGCAGCUCUGCCACUGUGGCAGGCAGAAUGUAAUUUGUCGGUGCGCUCGUGGUUGUUUUUACAUGCAUCGGCAGGGUUUGUUACUGCGUGGCAGGCUGGCUGAGAGAGUCUCCUAACUGGCCGCUGCUUGGUCCCGCAGCUUGUCGCAGCUGAAGAAAAUAGAACCAAUUGCCAACCAAGCGGUCAUCACCCAGCCUUUGGUCUGCGCCGCCGCUGUGCGGAUCUUCAUCCGAAGUUUCAUCUACGUGGUGUCGACUUCUGUGCAACCGCCAGGAUUUUUUGGAAUCUAAUAUUUGUGAGUUAAUGGUAAAACUGUUGGCCGUAGACUUGGGUGGCUAACACCAACUAGCUCUAUAAGCCCCAACUCGUGCGACGACAGCUGUCAUUGGAGAAAGGAAAGUGAUCCCCCUUCUUCUCCUCCUCCUCCUUCACCGAAUGCAAGUGAAGCUGUUCUCUGCUGGAUUUACAUGAGUCGUCUUUCCAUCAAAUGGGCAAAGUUGGGAAUAACAUUGCAGCGUUGGAAUAUAAUGAUAUGCGUUGUGCAUUUGUGAGAACUGCGGCGUUGCUUCACUGGAGAGAGGCUAGCUAGCUGUGUUAGCUCGUUGGCAAGGGUGAUAAAAGUGCGACGUUUCAUCUCCCAGUAUUUUGGACAUGAAGAGGAUAAUUCGCUACUCAUAGGGCUGGAAGAAUGUCAUCAGAGGAUAAAACUGUGGAGCCCUCUGACCAGGGACCCUCACCGCCCUCCAGCAGUGUAGGGGCCACAUCCACAGGAAGUCCUGUCAACGCAGACAAGCGACCACGUGGCAGGCCGCGCAAGGAUGCUGCUGCCAUUCUACCCCAAGCCCCACCCUCAUCCACACCUAAGAACAGAAAGAAGGGUCGCAACAGAGGAAGAGUUGUUCUAGAUGAGGAGGACAGUAUGGAUGGGAGUGAGAUAACGGACCCCAUGGGUACGCAGGACACAGAAAUCCUGCCAGCAGAGACUGUGGAAGUUGUGACUACGGAGGAUCCAGAGACAGAUGAGCCUUCCUGCUCUUUGGCCCAGAGCCUUCCAGCUGAGAAUUUAGCCAGACCCUCUGUUCCAGGAAGUAGAGAAGCAAAAAGCAGUGAGCGUCUCUGUGCCUUCUGUUACUGCGGGAGCCGCAGCUUGCUGGGUCAAGGGGAUCUGCAAGUGUUCAGCACCACGUCUCAGCUUGAAGCACGUUUCGGUCAGAAGGGUGAAGAAGGCUCGGCUCAGACCAGCUCAGGACCGAGAGAAAAGACACAUGUGUCUGAAAGCGGCGCAGAAGAAUCAGAUCCAGCCACUCGCUUUUGGGAUGAACUUUCUCACGUUGGUAUUCCACAAGAUCCUAAGGUCCAGUCUCUCUUUGAGUCCGGGCAGUGCUGGGCACAUCAGAGCUGUGCCUUGUGGUCUGAAGGUGUUUGUAAGGGCGAGGGACAAUCUCUGCUUAAUGUGGAUAGAGCCAUUGACUCAGGGAGCACAAAGCACUGUGCAUACUGUAAGCGCCUUGGAGCAUCCAUUAAGUGCUGUGCUAAAGGAUGUGCUCAACUUUACCAUUACCCCUGUGCAGGGGCAGCUGGGACAUUUCAGGAUUUCAGGAGUCUCUCUCUCUACUGCCCAGAACACAUAGAAUUGGCCAUUAACAAAUUUGCAGAUGAUGUAAACUGCGCACUAUGCGAUAGUCCAGGCGAUUUACUGGACCAGCUCUUCUGUACCAGUUGUGGUCAGCAUUACCAUGGAAUGUGCCUGGAAAUGGCUGUGACCCCUCUAAGAAGGGCAGGUUGGCAGUGCCCUGAGUGCAAGAUCUGCCAGACAUGCAAGAAUCCAGGAGAGGACACUAAAAUGCUGGUAUGUGACAUGUGUGACAAAGGCUACCAUACCUUUUGUCUACAACCGGCCAUAGACACUCUUCCCACAAAUGGAUGGAGAUGCAAGAACUGCAGAGUUUGCCUCCAAUGUGGGACACGAACAAGUGGGCAGUGGCAUCACAACAGUCUCCUGUGUGAGAACUGUGUCCAGAAUCAGGACCCUGCUUUGUGCUGUCCUACAUGUUCCUGCAUCAUGGACCCUGAGCAUCACAAAGACUUAGUAUUCUGCCAAACCUGUAAAAGAUGGCAACACCUUGAGUGUGAACGGCAGAACUCAGGCCAAGCAGAGAUUCACCCCAGAGAGGACUAUGUCUGUUCCAACUGCAGGUCUCCUGCUGCAGAGCAGGCACCGCAGGCAGAGGAUAUGGAUACUGGCCCACAGCUCAGCGCCUGCCUGAGCCCGCCUGGCUCCAUGCACAUAGACUCUGAGUCAGACCUACAGACUGCUCAAAAGCACACAGACCCAGAACCUGGCUCUCAGCGGCCUCCUGAAAUGCACAAUGACCCCACACCGGAAUUACUUACUGUUCCAUUGCACACAGAUCCAGAGCCUGUCCAGGCUACUGUCCAGGAGGAGAAGCAGGCCACGUCAGCCCAGAAGCCCGAAGUAAAACCAGCAGUAAGGACCCAGUUCCAAUCUACAGAGAGCCCUGCAUCUUCCACAGCUUGCCAGGAAUCUUUACCGACCCAGCUUCAUGCAGAUCCACUGCAGACACAGGACGCCACAACACAAAGUAAACCAGCAAGGACAGAGACGGGCUCUGAACAGGCCGUGGUUGACCCCAGCACAAAGGAUUUAAUGGCCAUCACCUCUGCCACCAAAGAACCAAGUACUCCAUCAUUACCUUUACCGGACCAACCAAUGGAAUUCUCAGUGUUCCAGCCUCCCAGCAUGGAUGUGAUUGGUCUGGAAACCGUUCCGAAAGAACUCAAGGAGAUAAGGGACGGCGUUUUUCACAGGAACUCUGCGGAAACUGUUGAUCCUUCAGCCUCUGUUACAUUAGAAAAGAUGGACAUUUCACAGGAGAACAAGCCUAUUCUGUCAUUUCUCAGCCUGUCUUCGGAAGACAAAACACUCAAGACGACUGUGGAGAGGCUGGCCGAAAUGGUCUCCUCAUCCUCUCAUUCCUCCUCUUUACUCCGAGGGACAUGCCACAGAGAAUUAGCACAGUCCCAGAUUCUACCUUCACUAAGUGAUCACUGCAGCAUCACAUCCAUCACCACCACCACCACCACCCACAUACCUCUCACCCCAAAGAUUGGAAUGGGAAAGCCAGCUAUUACCAAGAGGAAGUUUUCUCCUGGGAGGCCGAGAGUAAGACAGGGUGCAUGGAGCCCCCAUCGUAGUGUGAACUCCCCUUUGUCCUGGUCUCCAGACCAGUCAGAGGGGUGGGACAUCUCAAAGACCAGGCAGUCCUCUGGCAGCCCCGGCUGGAGCAUCAGAGUGGGUCGCGGUUCAGGUUUUCCUGGGAGGAGGAGACCUAGAGGGGCUGGACUGUCAGGUCGAGCAGGACGUGGAAGAGCUAGAGGCAAAAGUGGAGUCUCUUGUCCCAGCAUCAACCCAGGGGUCACCACCAUAGAGGCGGCUUACCCAUUUAAAGAAGAGGAGGAAAACGCCAUGCACAACACUGUUGUUAUAUUUUCCAGUAAUGACAGUUUUACUCUAAAACAGGAUAUGUGUGUGGUGUGUGGGAGUUUUGGCCUUGGUGCUGAAGGCCGUCUCUUGGCCUGUGCUCAGUGCGGCCAAUGCUACCAUCCUUUCUGUGUGGGCAUAAAGAUCACUAAGGUCGUGCUGAGUAAAGGCUGGCGUUGUCUAGAGUGCACUGUCUGCGAGGCAUGUGGUCAGGCCACAGAUCCAGGCCGCUUACUGCUGUGUGACGACUGUGACAUCAGUUAUCACACCUACUGCCUGGACCCUCCAUUGCAGAAUGUACCCAAGGACAGCUGGAAGUGUAAAUGGUGUGUGUCCUGUGUCCAGUGUGGUGCCACCACACCAGGCCUGAGGUGUGAGUGGCAGAAUAAUUACACUCAGUGUGCCCCCUGUGCCAGCAUUCCCACAUGUCCCAUUUGCCUGGUGGACUACAGUGAAGGCACCAUUGUGGUGCAGUGCCGUCAGUGUGAUAGAUGGUUCCAUGCCUCUUGUCAGGGUCUCCAUUCUGAAGAAGAUGUGGAGAAAGCUGCAGAAAGCAGCUUUGACUGCACAAUGUGUCGCACUUUUAAGACCACUAAAGUCGUGACCAAGGCUAGAGAUGCUAUUGAGCCUCUGAUUAUGACACAGACAGUCACAAAAGCUAGAGAAAUGGAUCUGUCAAGAACCUAUACUCAGGACGGUGUCUGUCUGACGGAGUCAGGUCUGUGCCAGCUGCAAAGUCUGUCUGCUACAGCUUCACGGCGCAGGAAGCCCAAGCCAAAGCUGAAGCUGAAAAUCAUCAACCAAAACAGUGUGGCUGUGCUUCAAACCCCCGUAGACCACCUUUCAGAACAUUCUAGAGAUGAAGAAAUGGAAGACAACAGAGGGCAUGAUGUCACUCAUCAUCAGUGCUUUUUGCCUUUCACAGAGGCAGAGCUCAUGGAUUGCGAGGCAAAGUCAGACUCAAGUCUGGAGCGGGAGCCAACAGAAGAUGACUCUAAGGGGGGCGACGGUGGCAAGAAGAGGAAGAGGAAACCGUACCGGCCGGGCAUCGGUGGGUUCAUGGUCCGCCAGAGAAGCCGACCAGGCCAAGGUCCAGGCAAGGCCAAACGAUCCCUCUGCAGGAAAGACUCCUCUGGAUCCAUGUCAGAGAAUCCUUUAGGAAAAGAAGAUGGAUGGGCAGAAGCAUUGCCAGAUACCCCUGUGGAUGAGAUGCCUCCUGGACCAGAGGUCCCAGAGAAAAUAAAGAAGCGUUACAGAAAAAAGAAAACCAAACUGGAGGAGGCCUUUCCUACAUACCUGCAGGAGGCGUUCUUCGGAAAAGAUCUGCUGGACAAGAGCAAGCAAAGUAGGCAGCAGGCCAGUGAACCAGGCCUAUUGGAAGACGGACAAACACAAGUGGAGAGGAAGCCCAAUCCCAGCAGCUUUAUGGGUUCUUCAUCGGACCCAAUGCUCGGUGUCCCAAGAGCAAACUUUCCCUUGAGAGCUACAGCAGCACACAAUGAGACAUCUGAGGAACCAUUAGUUGAUCUCUCUGAUGUUCUGAACACUGAUGCAGACCUCUUGGGAAUGCUCGGAAAGUCAAGCAAUGACCCUGGUCUUGAUUUUUGCCCCUUCCAGGUUGACAGCUCACCUCCUUCUUUUGCUGGUCUGGACACUGGGCCUCUGGCUGACAGUUCCUCAUUGGUGCCGCAGCCUCAUUCCGGCCGAAGGACACCCCGCACUCUCCCUGAGGAACAUCUGGACGACAUUCUUAGCCCUGAGCUGGACAAAAUGGUCACUGAUGAGUCGAUUCUCAGCAAACUUGGCAAAAUUCCAGAGCUGGAGGGUAAGGAUGUGGAGGAUCUCUUCACAGUACUAAGCCCUAGCACGAGCCAGCCACCUCCCCCACCACAGGUGCCUCACCCCCAGGGACCAGGUUCCCUCCCUGCCACACCUGGCACUAGCAUGCCUCACCUCAACACAGGGAAUCCCAUGUUUCCAAGAAUGCCAAUGAUCAAUGGUAUGAUGGGACCAAACCAGCGCUUCCCCACAAAUCCAGGAGGGCCCUGUAUGCCAGAAAACUUCUCCCCUCUUAACCGUAUGCCUUUCAUUGACAAUCUAAGCAGAGAUAGAAAGUUUAAUCAGAUGCCGAGGGAUGCAGUUGGUCAGUGGCCCGCACCUACCAAUUGUCCUGGUCCUAUACCCCCUGGUUCAGUGCCUGAGGGGGAGACUGAAGCCAUGUCAAACGCCCAAAGGAGUACACUCAAGUGGGAGAAGGACGAGUCACUUGGAGAGCUAGCCACUGUUGCACCUGUCCUGUAUACCAAUGUCAACUUUCCCAACCUUAAAGAGGAAUACCCAGAUUGGCCUACAAGAGCAAAGCAAAUUGCAAAACUUUGGAGGAAAGCUAGUUCACAAGAUAGGGCCCCAUAUGUGCAAAAGGCAAGAGAUAACCGAGCAGCCCUGCGCAUCAACAAAGUCCAGAUGUCCAAUGAGACGGUGAAGAGGCCGCAUCCGCAGCAACAGCCCCCUGAGGUGUUUGAUCCCAACAUACCACUAGACACAGAACUGCUGUUUAAAGACCCUUUGAAAACAAAAGAGUCAGAGCAUGAACAAGAGUGGAAGUUUAGACAGCAAAUGAGGCAAAAAAGCAAACAACAAGCAAAAAUUGAAGCCACACAGAAGUUGGAGCAAGUUAAGAAUGAACAACUUCAACAGCAGCAACAGCAGCAGAUCAACAGCCAGUCAGAGGGAGACGGCAACACCAGUGGGAACCAGAGCCCAGCGUCACAGCUGAGCAAUGGCAGCAUGUCCCCACUCCAGCAGCUCAACUCUAAAGACCCUUUUGCCAGGCCACAACUACCGGGAACCCCUACUUCAGGCCUCACAGAGGAUGUGUUCUUAAGGCCCCCUCCUCCACCUCCAUCUGGCCCAUCCUCCCAACCUCAGUCCCCACAGGUAUUCUCUCCUGGUUCUUCUGGCUCCAGACCCACGUCUCCAUGGGACCCUUAUGCCAAGAUGGUUGGAACUCCAAGACCACCGCCUCUUGGGCCAAAUGCCUGUCGUAGAAUUGCAGUAGAAUCUGGAAAAUCUCCCACUUCCUUAAUGGAGCAGCAAGACAGAGGUAGACCCUCCCCCAUUCAUGAAUCCUUUGGCUCACCAACAUCAAUGAGCAGUGAUCCUUAUGCCAAGCCUCCUGACACCCCAAGGCCAAGUGGGGACACUGACCCCUUUUUGAAGCCCAUGGGGCCACCUAGGGCCAGUCAGAUGGCCCAGGGAAGGCCCCCAAUGGGUUCUCCGGGCAGAGACCCUUACUCCAGACCUAUGAUAAGAAAUGAGGCUUAUCAACGCAUGGCACAGAACAGAAUGAUUUUGUCAGACCCUUAUUCAAGGCCACUACUAGCACCAAUCCCUGGAAGUAAUGAGUCAGGCUCUGUACCAUUGUUUAAAACACCAAUGCCCCCUCCUCAGGCUCAGGAUCCUUAUUGUCGACCAGGUCCUCAUACAAUCAACAGGUUUCCCCAGAAUCCCCAUAAUGACCCCUUUGGUCAGCCGAUGCAUACAUCAAGACCAUCUGGAAAUGACAACUUCACCAGCCCUCCUAGAAUGAGCCAGCAUCACCCACAGGGUCACGCUUUUGCUCAGCCAGGACCAGUGGCUCAGAUGUCAAGAAAUCCCUAUGCUCAUGCACCUUCGACUCCAAGGCCAGACCAUUAUACUUAUGACCCCUUUGCUCAACCUUCUGUUCCUAACAAACCUGAUCACUUUGCACAGUCUGGGGUCAACCAACGGUCUGUCAAUGAAGUCAGUGUUCAACCACGUCCAUUUUUUGAGCCUUAUGCUCGACCUCCUGGCACCCCACGUCCACAUGACAAUUAUGGCCAGCCAUCAAACACUAGUCCAUCAUCAGACCCUUACUCACAUCCCCCUACUACACCACGUCCUGGUGGUAUGAAUCCGUUUCCCCACCAGUCCCAGUCUGGACAGAGGAUGUCACCAUCCCAUUCAGUGGAUCCUUAUGCUCAUCCCCCAGGCACACCAAGACCUCCAGCAGGUGAAAGAUUUUCUAAGUCGCCAGGCAGCCAGAGGGGGCCAAUGGAGCCUUUUACAAGCACACCUGGAUCAUCAAGGCCAGGAGCUGGUGAAAUGUUUCAGCCGGGGAACCAAAGACCAAUGCAAAAUGACCCUUACUCUCAGCCUCCUGGGACCCCGAGGCCAGUCAUGGCAAGACCAGGAGUAAUGGGGAGCCAGGAUUCUUUCCAACAACCUCAAGGAAGGCUUCAAGAGCACUUUGUUCAUCCAGGCUCACAAACACCCAAACACCCUAGUGUGUCCGAUGAUGGAUUUACCCUGUCCCCUUCUCGGAGACUCAGCCAGAUACCUGUCCAUGAUCCAUUUGAACAGGCCCCUAUGACCCCUCAUCCACAGUCAGCAGAGAAGAUGGACAUGAAAGAGCAGGGGGGUGUUGGAAACAUUGUACCUAUGCCCCAAGACUCAGGGCAAAUGCCUAACAACCCACAAAUGCCAAGUGUGUCCUCUGAAGCUCACGGUGCUGCCCUAGCUGAGACUGAAGAAAGACUCAGACAGCGACAACGAAUCAGAGAACUUAUCCUUAAGCAGCAGCAACAGAGGAGUGCAAUUCGACAGGAGAGAGGCCACCAGGAGCACACGGGGAGCAUUAACCCAGAAGCACCACGACCCUGGCCUCAGGAGGGCCAGGGCGAAAUGUUUAACAGACCUCCUCCUCCAUAUCCUGGACAAGUACCCAUGAAAGGACAAACGAGGUUUCCUGGACCAUUUCCAGGUGACCAACAUGUCUCUUUUCCUAAUGAGGGGCAAAUGUUUCGAGGCCCACAUCCAGGCGACCAUAAUCUGAGACAUCAGGGACCAAGGUUUGCUUUUCCACCUGGGGGUAUGGGACCACACGGACCAGAAGAGUUCUUUCCCCGGGGUCAGCAUCCGAUGCAGGAUGUGCCUCCUCAAAUGAGACGCUCCCUGUCUGCAGAAAUGGCCAAAAAUAUGGCAGGCAACCCCAUGGGUAUGCCCCAACACUUCCCACCUCGUGGUUUACCUGUGCAGCAGCACAACAUAAUGGGCCAGCCUUUCAUUGAGUUGCGCCACAGAGUUACAGAGAACAGGCCACGGGUGCCAUUUCCACCAAUGGCUAUGCAGGCAAGUGAUCCCAACUUGCAGGUUCAAAGACCAGCAGGGUUCUUUGGAGCAGCUGAUUCGCGGUUACCUUUACAUCAAGGCCCCAGGAUGUUGAAUCCCAUGACCAGCCAGACUGCACAGGUGCAGCUGUCUGCAAGCAUGGACAAUCUCAGUCCGCAAACCCAAAUGACAGGACCCAAUGCAGUCAGACAGUCUCUUUUCAUGAGAUCCAUGAGCCAGCCUGCUUCAAAUGAGACUCAGCACAUGACAGCAACAAUGACUUUGACGGCACCUCCUGCUGGACAAACGGAGACUGUGUCUGGCAAUGAAGCUAUGGAGGAAAAACUGGACCCAGAGGAGUCUGCAGUCAAAGAUCUGGAGGAUGUGGAAGUGAAAGAUUUAGUUGAUGCUGACUUGGAAAACCUGAAUUUGGAUCCUGAAGAUGGCAAAGACCUAGACUUGGAGACCAAUGACUUACACCUUGACGACUUCCUGACGUCUGGGAAAUUUGACAUUAUUGCAUAUACAGACCCCGACCUCGAUGACAUCAAGAAAGAUAUGUUUAAUGAGGAACUGGAUCUCAGCGACCCCAUGGAUGAUAAUACAGACACUGCAGAUAUUAGCAAAAACUCCAGCUCUGAAGCCCAAGCUUCAUCUAGUUCAACAGUAGUACAGGAAAAAUCUGAGGUUUCAGGUGAGAAGUCGACAAAUGAUGUUAAUCAGAAUGUCCAGGGGGAUCAGGACUGUGCUACUGUAGCUCUUGUUAAAGAAAUUAAAUUAGAGGUCAAAGACAGUGAAAGGUCACCAGAGGGGACAGAGCAGCCAGCUGCUGAAAACACCUUAACCACAAACCAGCAGGGAGAGCUCCCUGACUCUUCCCCAGUUCUUUCUAGUUUACUCAUUAAGCAGCAGCCUGAAGAGCAGUCAUUAACUCAAAUUGUGGAAUCUGUCAGUCAUGGUGGGACCCUCGUGUCUCAGCAGAAUCCAGUCCCUGACACUCAACAGAACUCUGGAUUUGCAUUGAGCCAACAAACAUUAGCUGACAACACCACCACAGGUGAUCCUUCUAUGACUGGCUUUGGAGCAGAUGAAAAAAUGGGGCUAAACACAGGUAUGGACCCAAAUGGUCAGACCCAGCAAACAAUGCUAAACCCUCUAUUGGGUCAGCAGGGCCAAGCACAUCGUCCGCUUUUGCUGGAGGAACAACCACUGUUACUGCAGGACCUUCUGGACCAGGAGAGGCAGGAGCAGCAGCAGCAGAGACAGAUGCAGGCCAUGAUACGACAGCGAUCCAACGACUCCUUCUUCCCUAAUAUAGAUUUUGAUGCCAUCACUGACCCUAUUAUGAAAGCCAAAAUGGUUGCCCUAAAAGGUAUUAACAAAGUGAUGGUUCAGAACAACAUGGGAAUGCCUCCAAUGGUCAUGAACAAGUUUCCUCCUGGCCCUGUUCCACCUAGUCCUGAAAAUACACCUAUCCCUCCACAAGUUGUGGGACAGGAUGGAAAACUGACACAAGUCGUUAGACCCAGUCCUCCAAAUUUCGGACCAGGAUUUGUCAACAAUAAUCAGAGAGCUCAGUACGAGGAGUGGCUGCAGGAGACUCAGCAGCUACUUCAAAUGCAGCAGAAGUUUCUGGAAGAGAAGAUUGGAGCUCACAGAAAGUCUAAAAAAGCUCUUUCUGCCAAGCAGAGAACAGCUAAGAAAGCAGGCAGAGAGUUCCCUGAGGAAGAUGCUGAGCAGCUCAAACAUGUCACAGAGCAGCAGGGUGUAGUGCAGAAACAACUGGAGCAGAUUCGUAAGCAGCAGAAGGAGCAUGCUGAACUCAUAGAAGAGUACAGAGUGAAACACCAACAAAACAACAUGACUCCCAUCAUGCCUGGGAUGCACCCGAUGCCAGGUCAUGGCAGCAUGGGCCCCAGUGGACAACCGAUGGUUCAGCCUCCCAUGAACCCCAUGAUGCAGAUGCCAGUUCACCCCGGCCAAGUAAACGCACCUCCACGCAUGCCUAACCCACCACCUGGCUGGCAUCCAAAUGCCCCCAUGUCAAUGGGUGGACCAGCCAUGCCACCGAUGAUGCCCCAGCAGGUACCUAUGGGAAAUCCAGGUCAGCAUCAUCAGAUGUCAAUGGGUAACAUGCCUCAGCACCCACAGAUGCCUAUGGAUCCCCAAGCAGCCCAGAUUCCAACAGGUGGUGUAAAACCCAUGCAGCCAGGCGGUGUUAAGUUUGAUGACAACAACCCUUUUAGUGAGGGUUUCCAGGAGCGGGAGAGGAGAGAGAGGCUCCGGGAGCAGCAGGAGAGACAGAGGGUGCAGCUGAUGCAGGAGGUUGAAAGACAGAGAGCUUUGAAACACCGUAUGGAGAUGGAGCAACAAGGAAUGAUGGGUCCCGACGGAAACAUGGCACCGCUCACUCAAAUGCCUUUUUAUAACACAGAACUGCCCCAAGACUUCAUGCAGCCCCAGAGGCCCCCUCUACAACAGCAACCCCUGGGACCUGUGUAUCCUCAGCAGCAAGGCACACAGCCUCCUGGUGCAUUUAUGCCAGGUGACAGAAGGGCACUGAUGGGUAAUGGAAUGAUGCCUCCAGAAAUGGGCCCUGGUUUUGGGCCGGAUCAUCUUGCAAAUCAAGCACCAAAAUUUCCUCAGGGUCAUCCAAGGCCCCGUCAGUUCAGCGGUCCAGGGCCAAUGCUUCAGAUGCCAGGUGAAGGUCUGCCUGUUGACGCUGCUACACAUCUGCCGUCUAACUUUCCAGGUUCAGGCCAGUCUCUUAUCCAGCUUUACUCCAACAUCAUUCCAGAUGAAAAAGGGAAGAAAAAAAGGAGUCGCAAAAAGAAGAAAGAUGACGAUACAGAUUCUGUCAAAACCCCUUCAACACCACACUCUGACCUGACCGCUCCUCUCACACCAUGUGUUUCAGACACUUCCUCAACUCCAACCAGAAACACCCAUCUUUUUGGAGAACAGGACCUGUCAAGGUCACCUUUACUGGGAUCCUCCACCCCAAGUCAUUCAGAGCUGGAGAGACAGCUUUCUGGAGGACAAGCAGGUCUCUCAUCAGAAUCAGCCAGGGCACAGGAGCACGACCAGAUCAUCAACAACAUAAAGCUGGAGCAGACUGAAGCCAGUGAGUGUCAUGGACCUGUUAGCUCAGAAUUGGGCUCCAUAAAGGAAGAAGGCGGUAAAGGCAGCACAUCCCCCUUCCCUGCAGGACAAAGUCCUAAGGGGGAGGCUGGCAAUGAACUACUGAAACACCUCUUGAAGAACAAGAGCACCCCUCCUCCACUGCCCCAGCAGAGGUCAGAGGAGAGCCUUCGCUUAGAGGAGGAGGAGUCUACAGACUGUAAAUCCCUGCUGAGGCAAAGCUCCAUUGACAGCAAUGGGGCUUUCUCAGACGGUAUCACAGACUUCCCUGGGUCUCUGCUUCCUGAACAGGAGAAAAAGAAAGGGAGGAACAAGAGGGUGCCGAAGGGAGGAGAGAAGCCUGUUUCCCGAUACAAAAAGAGGAAGAAGGAAGGAGAUGAAAGGCAACUGUUGCACUCUAGCACUGACGCUGUAAUGAGCCAAAUCAAACAGCAGCUCUCUCUGCUGCCUCUCAUGGAGCCCCUGAUUGGGGUGAACUUUGCACAUUUCGCUCCCUAUGGCAGUGGCCAGCUCAACGGAGAAAACCUCUUAUCUGGUACAUUUGGCAGUGCUUCACUGGACGGAGUCUCUGACUAUUACUCCCAGCUUGCCUACAAGCAGAGUAACUUAAGUAAUCCACCAACACCACCGGCAUCUCUUCCUCCCACCCCACCACCUGUAAACCGCCAGAAAAUGAUCAACGGAUUUGCCACAACAGAAGAACUCGCCAGCAAAGCUGCAGCCAUGGUCUCCAAAGGCUUGGUACCAAAGCCGCUCCACGUCCCAUUCAGGACUGAAGAAGACCUGCUAGCAAGAGCAAUCGCUCAGGGACCUAAAACGGUGGAUGUUCCUGCCUCUCUUCCUACUCCUCCACACAACAACCAGGAGGAGCUCAGUAGUAACAGAGUACAGGAGUCGUGCAAAGACAGGGACACACCCGACAGUUUUGUUCCAUCGUCGUCUCCGGAGAGUGUGGUUGGUGGAGAGAUCAGUCGCUACCCGGACCUUUCUCUAGUGAAGGAUGAGCCAUUGUCUCCCUGCAUAUCCCCUAUCCUCCCCAUGCUUCCACCACCUGUUGGCAAAGCCACAAAGAUCAAACUGCAAGAUAUCAAGAGUGAACCAUCUGCAGUGUUCUUUGGCUCCCCCUUUGACCCUGCGUCUAAUGACUCCAAACAAAGGCUGGUGUCUGUAGCUAUCACACUGAGACCAGCUGCAGCCGAGAACAUCACAGGAGUCGUCACUGCUAUAUCAGACCUACUGGGUGUGAAGAUUCCGAGCAGUUAUGAGGUCAGCAGCACUCCAGACAGGGGCCCUCUAUCUAUGCACAGCAGUCCAAGAGCGGCUCCUCAUGGCAUGGAGCCUCGGCCGGCGAUGUUGUUCCACGGACAAGGCGACAAUGGAGGGUUUCACGGGCGGCCGGGUCAUAUGGUCAGACCCAGCCGAGCACAGGCGAUGAUGCAACAACAGCAGGGACAUCAUUUCCGCUUUUAUACCAACAGUCCAGGAGUUGCUGCGGCUCGAGGACCUGAUCAGAAGCCCCCUGCCAGCCCUGGAUGCAGACCACAGUGGUGCUGCCAUUGUAAGGUGGUGGUUCUGGGAAAUGGUGUGCAGAAGUCCAUCAAAGAUAUACCUUCACACCUGAAGGUUUCUGAUGGUCGAUUUAAAUCUGACGAAGAUCUGGUUUUCUGCAGUCAGAGCUGCUUCCUCCUUUAUUGUUCCUCAUCACUGCUGCAGCCUAAACCUGCCUCAGAAAAUAAGGAAACAGUGUCACUCCUCUCCGCCUCAGGGCAAACUGAGAACUUGUCCAAAGCUCAGCAUCAGUACAGUAACAACAUGUCAUCAUUGGAUGUCCACUGUUUGGCCCAGCUUCAGCCCAAGCAGUCUCCUCCUUCCACUCCCCCCAUACCCUUCCCAACAGUAGGCGAAACACCAAAGAUGGAGACAAAGUCCGAUGCCAUCAAAGUGACAGUGAAGCUGAAAGCCCGGCCGAGGUCCCAUGACGGCUGGAGCCAGGGAAAGCGACAGAAGGGACUUCGCUGGAGGAAGUGGACCAUCCAGAUUGUGGUGCCAAGAGGAAAUUCACAACUGCCAGAUGAGGACAAAAUUGACGAACUCCUUAGGAAACUCGGGGCCUCGCUGCGUCCUCCCGCCUCUCUGCGUGACCACAGACGUUGCUGCUUCUGCCAUCAGUUUGGUGACGGGCUCACAGACGGCCCUGCUCGACUGCUGAAUUUGGACCUUGAUGUGUGGGUCCAUCUAAACUGUGCCCUGUGGUCAACUGAAGUGUAUGAAACUCAAGCCGGCGCGCUCAUCAACGUGGAGCUCGCGCUGCGCCGAGGUCAGACGGUACGCUGUGCCUUCUGUCAACAGACUGGAGCCACCAGCGGCUGCCACCGCCUACGCUGCACCAACGUCUACCAUUUCACCUGUGCUCUCCAAGCUCAGUGCACCUUCUUCAAAGACAAGACCAUGCUCUGCCACGCCCACAGACCUCGGGGAACGGCAGGACAAGCUCUGGAGCAUGAGCUGCGUUGUUUCGCAGUCUUUCGCCGGGUCUACAUCCAAAGAGACGAAGUGCGUCAGAUCUCCACCGCAGUGCAGCACCCUGAGCUGGGCUACACCUUUCGAGUUGGAAGCCUAGUGCUCCAUGCAAUCGGGCAGCUCACUCCUUUCCAAAUGUCUUCUUUCCAUUCGCCGUCUGCCAUUUUUCCCAUCGGCUACGAGGCUUGUCGCAUUUAUUGGAGCAUGCGCCACGGAAACCGCCGUUGCCGGUACAUCUGUUCUGUGGAAGAGAAGGAAGAAUUGCCAGAGUUUACCAUCAGAGUCAUCGAACAAGGCUACCAAGACCUGGUCCUGACUGACACCUCCGUUAAAGGCGUGUGGGAUAAAGUUCUGGGACCAGUAGCAGAGAAACGAACCGAGUUGGGCACUCUGAAGCUGUUUCCCAUUUACCUGAAAGGAGAGGACCUGUUUGGGCUCACAGUCCCGGCCGUCACCAAGAUCACUGAAUCGCUGCCAGGAGUGGAGGCCUGUGACAGGUACUCAUUCCGUUAUGGACGUAACCCUCUUGUAGAGUUGCCUCUCGUGUUCAAUCCAGCUGGCAGCGCCCGUGCCCAGCCAAAGAUCGGUUCUCCCUACACUACCCUGGUCCUGAGGCCACAACCACAGGCUGUAUCCACCAGCAACGCCAGGUCCAACCAGAAUGUGGCCCAAGGAGAAACUGGCGCCCCCCACAAUAAGCCUCCUGUAGUGCACCCCAGGUCUUCUCAGUACCGUUGGAUGAAGAGUGAGUGGAGAGCAAACAUUUACGUGGGCCGCUCCCGCAUCCAGGGCCUGGGACUGUUUUCUGCCAGAGACAUUGAAAAACAAACUAUGGUGAUUGAGUACAACGGAACCAUCCUUCGAAACGAGGUUGCCAAGAGGAAGAUGGAGAUCUAUAGAUCUCAGAACCGGGAAGUUUUUAUGUUCCGCAUCGACAGUGAGCAUGUCGUUGAUGCCACUCGGACUGGAGGGCUUGCAAGAUACAUCAACCACUCUUGUGCCCCAAACUGUGUUGCUGAGGUGGUAACAUUUGAACGGGGUUACAAAAUCAUCAUCAGCUGCAUACGCAGAUUAGAAAAAGGAGAGGAGCUGUGCUUCGACUACAAGUUUGACAGAGCGGAGGGUCAGCACAAGAUCUCCUGCCACUGUGGAGCUCCUGAAUGCAGGAAGUGGAUCAACUGAGGAUGACGUCAAAGCUUAAUGCAUUCCGUUUUCAUAGUGCGUGGAUGCUGUGAUUUCUGCACAGAGACACUCUUCACACUAAAGUCAUUGUACUGAACGAGCAGACGGCCUGAACCUAUGGAGGACGUUAAUGAUUUUAGAUGUUGGUUCAUUAAGAACCGGAGGGUGGAGGAAGGAGGAAGGGAAAACGUUAACACAGUAGCAGGAUGUGACUUGUGCCAUAUGUGAGGGUGAAGGAGGGGGGGGUCUGUUGUAUGAGAUGCCCCUGUCUUUGUGUGUGUGUGUCUGUGUGUGAGUAUGUGUAUCUGUAUGUGAGUGUAUGUGAGUGUGUGUUGGGUGUACAUACGGUGCGGAAUCCACCAGCGAAUGAGAAAGCACUGUGCAGGGUGCAGCCUUAUUGCAUACUAAGGGCAGGCCCUUUUGUCCGUGUAUACCGUACGACUAAACGUAGACAUCACUGAAUGAGGAAUGUACAGCAACAAAUACUGCGAAGGGAAAUAUUAACUUGCACUAAAAAAAUAGAAAAUAAACAAAAAACAACACACACGUACACACAAACUUUAAAAAAAAUACUUGAUUCCAUGAGUCAGUUUUAUCAUAGGUCUCAGUCAUGUGAUUUGUGUGGAAUUUGAGAGGUUUGUAUUUAUUACCGAGUGAAUGAAUUUUAUUCUCAAAGUGAUGAGAUUGCAUUGAAGAAGGCGAGAUCGCUGUUGUUUGUGUUUUUUUUUGUUUGUUUGUUUGUUUUUUUGAAGACUGAAUAAGACAUGCUGUUACUUUUGUAAAAAUAAAUGUACAUAAAGAAUAACUAUAGGAAUAACCGACCAAAUACUACCUUAACCUUGAUGUUUGGGUGUUUCUCAAUUUGUUUCUGUUCUGUUUGUCAAUGAAAUUUAUUUAAGAUGGAUGUUAUUUCAGUUUGAGAGUAUAUAUUAUGACUAUUCUGUACAGAAUUUGUAAUAUAACCACAAUAAUUCACAAAGUAUUUUUGUUGUAUUAAAAGUAAGGUAUUGUAGCGUAUUGUUUUGUGACUUACACACACUUUGACCACUCAAAAAAAGUAAUAUUUUUGUUGAACAAUGUAACACGUUGUCAGUUACAGAAUCAAGACAAACGAAGUAAGAGGUCCUCGUGAUCUAAUUGCUGUUAAUCAGGUUUAAUUUUAAUGAACUGUGAAUUUGGUUUUGAAACCCAAAAAAAUGACUUUUUAACUUUUUACCACAACUAUAAACACCGACACGUGUUUAUCUGUUUUCCUUUUUACGUCUAAUGGAAUUAGACAAACUGAUGUGUGACAGAAAGAAUGGGGCGGAUCUUCAUUUUGAAUCAUGGGUCGUUCUAACUUUUGUGGACAGUAACGGCGUUUUCCUUAAUCAAAAAUAUUUCUUAUACUGACACCUCACAAGUCACAAGCCGAGAAACGGAGGAGUUGUCACGUGCACAAUUUCAAGUCGACUGUAAAACUUUUUGGAGACAGUCUUAGAACUUUUAAUGUAUAUGGCAUGUAUUUUUUUAACUUUCCGAAAAAAAAAACUCAAUUGUAUAUAUUUUCUCAAUGAAUGGUUGUAACAAAAUUGUUUCUUGAUAUUUUUUUUUCUUCUCUUGUAUAAUAUGACAUCAUUCUGCCAGUGUGUUUGUGCUACAUUUUCUUGGUCGUGUAAAGUAGUUGAUUUGUUUUUUUGUUUCGUUUUGGGUUUUUUUUUUCUUCCUUUUUUUGUCCUUUUUUUGAAAAUGCCUUUUGAAGUGUACAGACUAUGGAGUUUGUGGAAUUGAAUUUAGAAACAUUUACAAAAAUAAACUAUUUUACAUGUUA